UUAAAAAGUAAGGUUAUGUAGUGAGAAGAAGAAGAUUAGCCUGUACAAUUAAAAUGUCAGGAUUGUUAAAAAUAUUUUCUCCCUCUGUUUUAUUUAAAAGAAAUUUAGGUAAAAGAUAUUAUAAAUGGCAUGAUGAAGGAAUUCAGUAUCCAUGUUUUAAGUAUUAUCCAAGACAUCCCGAGUUUAAAGACCCCCCUUAUGAACCAACAAAACUAUUCAGAGUAGAGAGAAUAAAACCUCUUAAAGGUUUACCUUACUGGGAGAAAAACAUACUUAAAGAAUUCAAGUUAGAUGGGAAGAAAAACUCCUAUAAUGUAAUCAAAAACAUACCAGAAAAUAAUGGAAGAUUGUGGAAAAUAAAACAUCUUAUUAAAAUAACACCAAUAACAUUUCCUAAUGGUUUUCCUACAGAUACUAAUGGAACAUAUUUGAAGGAAAAUGGUGAAUUAGAAGUUGUACAAAAAUUGCAAUUUCAAGAGGAAAAAUUGAAAAUCACAGACCAAUUUAUUAACGAUAAAAAGAAGUUGGAUGGAGAUACAUUAAGAAGGAAUUCUAGAUUAAAGUGGCUAACUGGUUGGGAAUGUUAAAUAUACCUGGAUAAUUAAAAUAAUUUUUUAUUAACAAUAA